UUCACGCAGGUUAUCAUAGAAUUGAUGAAUAUAUGGACUGGUGUUCAAUUUUAGAAAAUAAUUUACAAAUUUAAAGUGUAAAAGACAAACAAUAUCUAUAUGGCCAAUGAUUUGUUGGCAUAGCAAUACGAAAUUAUUUGUGGUAGAUGAAGACAUCUAUAAGGAGGUUUAUCUACUCCUUCGAAACCCACACGACUUUACGACGUUGUGAAAAUAUUUGCUGCGACAAAAACUCAAGAAGACGGACACAAUAUUUUUAUCCGACACAUAAACUCGUAGAUAAUUGGUGACACUAAAAAAAGCGAACGUUAUUAGUUGUUUCCUUGGGACAGCCGAAAAUGUCCUCCCCCCUGGUUUUAGUGGAUUCAUUGUUACAUGAAUUCUAUGAGGCGACCACACCUAAUAACCGCAAAAGGGAAAUAGAAACUAACUUAUUGGCGUUUAAAAAUCAAACAGAUGCCUGGAAGACAUGUCUGAGUGUGAUUAGUAAUUCGUCAACAUUUGAGCAAAAUCAAUUUCUAUGGUUUUUCUGCACAUCAACGUUGGAACAUUCAAUAACAAGGCGAUGGAUGCACUUGGGCAGUUCCGAUCGAGCCACGAUACGAGAGGCGCUUUGGCGUACCUAUGUCAAUUUGCCCACAAUGACGACCAUGAAAAGGCAACGAGACACAUAUGCUCAAUUAAUCGCCUUGAUGGGGAAACGUGAAUUUCCCGAUGAGGAUCCCAACUAUAUAAUGCAUUGCAUUACACUGAUUAAGUCGAAUUUUGUUUUGGGCAUCUGUUUAUUGCGCACUACAUCCGAAGAAGUUGUUAGCAGUCGAGAAGAUGUCAGCACAGAUCGAAAGCAGUAUUUUCAUUCCUGUAUUUCACUUUGUAUGCCUGAAAUUAUGGAUCUAUUAACAAAAUAUUUACUAAUUGCUGUGUGUCAUAUAAAUGGCAAAGACGUUCAUUCCAUAUCAAAUACUCUCAUGGAUUAUAGUUUAGUAUCAUCGCUGCCAAAUGACAAUCAAUUAAGUUCCUCUGUGUUAGAACUCCUAAUAUGUAUCCAACAUAUGGUCUCAUGGACACGCACUGAAUUAAUAUCGGAAUAUUUCCUUAUGUCCAUAUUGGAUUUAUCACAGUGGCGUUCGGCACAUCAAGACUUGUCUUUGGGUGGUCUAUCCGUUUUAAAUGAACUUUUGUAUUUGCAAAAAUCAUUGCCAUGCAGUGUGACGCUUAUGAAUGGAGUUAAUGUGCUUUUGGAACAACACAAUACAUCUAAACAGCAAAGUGAAAUGUAUAUUGACAAAUUUCGUGAGUUACUGCGUUUGUAUGCUGUAAAAUAUUGGCAGAAAAUGCUGCAGGAAUCAUCAGUAUUGGAAGUAUUUCUAAAGUCAUUGUACACUUGCACUAUAUGCGAAAAUGGGGCAUAUGAUUUCACCGAAAAACUUGAAAUUUGGACACCCAUUAUCAAGGGAUUAACGAUGCAUGCAAAAUUAAAUCGUUAUACUGAUAUCAUUCAUCAAUUAGUUGCUGAAAUAAUGCGGCGUACACAAUUUGAAUACAACAAGACUGAAUUGGAAUUACUUGAUAACGAACUGAUGGAAGAUAAUACUCAGACGGAGUGGCAACAAUAUCUAACACAAUGUAUUGAAUGUAUUGCCCUGGUUGCUGAGUCGCGUCCAAAUGCCGUAUUCGCACAAGUAUUUAGUCAUUGGUCUCGUCCACAUGUUCAACUUCAGUCUUUGCAGAAUGAUAUUGAUUGUGGCAAAACGUUUGAAGUGGUACGCAGGUUAAAGUCGCAAAUGUUUCCAGAACAUUUGAGAGACUUUGCCACAGUUUGCCAAGCAGUUGUGAGGAUUGCCCCAUUAAUGGACACAAAUAUAGUGACUGAUGCUUCUUCGGAAGUUAACUGCCAUUUAAAUGUAUUAGCGGAAAAUUUGCUAACAACAUUGAAAUUUUUUACCAGCAAUAAACUGAAUACCAUAGAUGUUGAUCGCUCAACAUUUCAGACUGAUUAUGAUUACCUUUAUGCUCAAGUUCUAAUGGCCAUACGUAGCAUUUUACCAUUAAGUCAAUCAUUGAAAUCUGACCAUAUGCUAUUGCAACUGUUCGAAUCGUUGGGCAGCAUAUUUCAACCGAACACUAUUAUGGGAUCCUCACCUCUUAUCUAUAUGUCAGCCAGUCAAUUGCUGUUAUGUAUAUCAUCUGUGAUACGUCCAAAAUGUCUAUUGGAUAUACCCACAAUUGUAAAUCUUAUGCAAUCGGGUCCUCGUCUCUCGCAUUUACCACGUCAAGCUAUUGCUAACAUAUAUAUAAGUCUCAUUAGUUAUCUUGUGCUGCCUUGGAAGAAUGUCGACGAACAGCAACAGGAUUAUUCAAGGCGUUGUCAAAUUCUAAGGGAGUAUACAGGAUGUUUAGCUCAGAGUUUUCUAGAGCUUGACUUGAACUCGGUUUCAGCAGCCAGCGGUGAAGCGAAAGUAUCCUCCAUAUCGCUAAGCUUGCUGGUCACCUUUAGCCUAGUAAUUGAAUUUUUUAAAGACUCACCCAAUACCACAAAAGACAUGUUGGCCUCAACUUUUAAGCCUAUUAUAACGAAAGCUUUAGUGAUUUAUAAUGCAUUUGGUCAGAGCAGCAAUGCCAUAGCCAUUACUGUUGCUGAGUUUAGUUUAAGUGUGCUACGUACAUUACAAAGUCAACUCGGCUCGCAAUUUAUUAAGGAAAUGAUAACUCUCUUCAUAAGCGUUAAUAGCAGAGAACAAUUAACCAUAAGUAGAGUUGCUGUUAUUGAAAAAAUUCUACAAAUGUUCCAGCUAAUAGUCCAGCAACCUGGUAAUGCUUCAUUGAUCAUGUUGCCCUCAAUUCUAGACUUCACUUUCGAACAGAUAAUGCCCAUGAUACAAAUGGAUAAUAGUAUAGCCGACACCACGGAUUUAACCAGUGUUGUCUACUCAUUGUUUGACAGCAUAUUAACUUGUAAAUGGCAGUAUUUCUACAAGUCAUAUGUGCAACCAAAUGGUAUAUUGCAACAACAAAAUGGCAAUACCAACAGUACAAAUGUAUCAAUGAAUCCCAGCGAUAAUUUACAUCCAGAACAUUUUAUUGCCUUAAUGAAUGCUUAUGGACAAAUACUAGUCACUGGCAAUGAUCCAAAUAUAGUGCGCACCGUUCUAAUGUCCAUGCAAAGUGUACACGAGAAAUGGCGUUUGUAUCAGAGGCCAUUAUUUAAGGAGACCUUAUUGAGCUCUUUUCUGAGUGCUUUAAUAAACGUUCUUUUGUCUGGCGAAGGGGCGCUACAUUUUGAUAUAUUAGCCAGUGCUUUGUUUGCCAUGUCUCAGGUGGAUGCCUUAAAAAUGCGCGAAAGUUUUGCCAAUGCCGGCCUACCGAUAAAUAUGAAAUUAAUUGAUGAAAUUUGCUUAACUACGGACAUUCCAACAUUUUCACAAAAACUAACUCAACUGAUACAAGAUGCCCAUUGUGUGCAUUUAUCGCAAACAUAAAAAUGCAUCAUAACACAAAUACAUAUGUAGAGAUAUAUACUAUAUUUAUAAGAAUUAAAAAUAAAUUAUUUGUUUUAUUUUUAAAAAGAGAAAACAAACAUAAACGAUAGUUACACACCAUCCAUUGUAGUCGUCAUCAUCAUCAUGAUCACACCCAUCUAAGCUUAAGUAAAUCUAUUGUCUCGUAUAAACCGAGUGUGCUACGACAUGCUCGUUCGUAGGUACGUACGAGAGAGUUUUUAUAUAAUUAUUGUGUAGCAUUUUUAUAAAUAUAUACUAUAUACUUAUAAUUAUAAUAAAAUAAAAAAAUACAAAUCAAUUUUAGCAGUUAGGAAACUUAAGAUA